AUGACUAUUGAAUCGAAGUCAAAGCAAACACUUUCAAUAAGCAAACAAUUAGUUUCUUAUCAAAUAAAACCACAAGCAAAAGUAACUAUUUUAGGUACAGAUCGAACUGCAUUUAUAUGUGCAAUGACAAUGGCUUUAAAACAGCAUACCAGUGAAAUCGUUAUUGUUGAUCAAUCUUAUAAUCAACAGAUGAAAAUAUGUUUUGAAGAUCUUGCUUGUGCCUUUCAACUUUGCCGUAUAACUCGUUCAGUGAAACUUAUUUAUACAUCAGAUAUUUCACAUACAUCUCGAUCAGAUGUUAUUAUUAUUACCGGCGCACACAAAACUAAUAAUUCUUUAUUAUCAUUGAAACAAAAAGCUGAAGAAUUCAUUGAUGCUAGUCAUGGUAAUCCUUCAAUGAUUGUACGUCUUCUUAUGAUCAAUCCAAAUGCUGUCUUUCUGAUAGUUAGGUCUAGUGUUUCUCCAUAUGAUUACAAUUCAUUAGUUGUUAAAUCAUUAGCUGGUAAACAUUGUCAUACUGGACAAAUAUGUGGAUUAGGUUUGAAUAUUUACAAUCAUCGAUUACGUUAUAUUAUUAGUGAAUUACUUAAUAUAUCAACUAAAUAUAUUACUGGUUUUACUAUAGAAACUACGAACACAUUAAUCCAACCAUAUUGGUCAAGUAUUACUGUAAAUGGUGAAUGCAUCAUAUCGAAUGAAACUAUUAAUUUAAAAACAUACAAAUCAUCAACUGAUGUAUUAUCCAUUUCAAAAGCUAAGAAGAUUGUAACACAAAAUUUUAUUAAAAAAAAUAAUAUAUCACGUUCUUCUCCGCGAAGUACUUCUAAUCGAAUUCAACAAUGGCUUCAUGCAAAUCAUCGUUUGCAAUCUAUUAGAAAAAGUCGCAGAACGAUACCACCUAUCUCAAAUAAUGCAUUGAAUAUUAUUGAAUCAAAACAAAAUCUUUCUCCAACAAUUCAAGAUAAACUUGUGAAAGAUUUAAAUGGAUGGCAUUGUCUUCAAAUAUUAUAUAAUCAUCCAUAUGACUAUACUUUAGGUAUGAAUUUAUCACAAAUUACUCGUUCUAUGAUGAGUAAUUCUCAAGAAAUGUUCAUAUUAUCAACUUAUAUUCAAUCAAUCAAUGAGAUCGAAAUGAAAAAUAUGGAUCUAUUUACAAGUAUGCCUGUUCUUAUUGGUCGUUAUGGUAUUCAUUCUAUACUUAAUUUUAAAUCUCAUAUUGAAUUAUAUAAGAACAUGCAAAAAAUACUUGAACGAAAUCGAAAAUUUCGUGAUAUGAUCAAUGAUCCAUUGACAAAAAAACCUAUGAUAUAA